CUCUCUUUGAAUAGAACAAAACAGUUGAUUUCUCAGGUCUUCUUCUUAAUAAAUCCAACCUUCAUUUCCCUCACAACUUUCAAUCCCUUUUCUCCAUCUCAGUUUACGAACACAAAGUUAAAAGAAAGAAAAGAGAAAUACAUAGAGAGAGAGAGAGAGAGAGAGAGAGAGAGAGAGAGAGAGAUGGGAAGGGCUCCAUGUUGUGACAAGGCAAACGUGAAGAAAGGGCCAUGGUCACCUGAAGAAGAUAGAAAGCUUAAAGACUACAUAGAAACCCAUGGCACUGGUGGCAACUGGAUCGCUCUCCCACAAAAAGCAGGCCUUAGAAGAUGUGGAAAGAGCUGCAGAUUGAGAUGGUUGAACUAUCUGAGACCAAACAUUAAACAUGGCGAAUUUUCUGAUGAUGAAGAUAAAGUUAUCUGUGCCCUCUUUGCUAGCAUUGGAAGCAGGUGGUCAAUAAUGGCAGCACAGUUACCAGGAAGAACAGACAAUGAUAUCAAGAACUACUGGAACACAAAGCUGAAGAAGAAGAUGAUGAACAGCUUAAUCACCCUACCGGAACUUAGAAAACCUCUUCAACAUCUUCAAUCUUUCAGUUCUUCAACAAACUACAGCUACCCAUCACAAUCGAUUUUUCAAAAUAGUAAUAUCAAUGUUAAUGCUCCAUUAUCAUCAUCAAUAUCAUCGUCUCCAUCAUAUUUGUACAGUACAAAUACUUCUAGCUACCAUGAUCAAACCUUAUCUAUUCCAUCUAGCCCUAGAAUUAAUGCUGCUAAUCGUCAACAUCCAGUUCUCCAAUCACAAGAUCAUGGAUUUCUCGGUUUGGUUUCCACGGAGACUUACCAGCAGGGGGUAAAAGACAGUUCUACCCUUGUCUUCUUUGGAGGUGAUCAAGCUAGUUGCAGUUCUAAUUCCGAUGGGAGCUGCCAUUAUGAGUAUCGUAGUACUGCUGGUGUGUAUGAUAAUCAUCGUAACAACUUGAGUGAUUCUUACAAGGAAUUUGGUGGGCAUUAUGAUAAGGAAAAAGGGUAUUAUGAGGAUUCUUCAUUAGACUCCAGUCUUGAGGAGAUCAAACAGCUCAUUAGCACCAGUAACAUUGACAACAAUCUCAACUUUUUUGUUGAUGAAACCAAAGUAGAAAAAAGUAUGUACUAUUAAUUAAUCAUUAAUGCACCAACUAUGGAAGCUGAACUUUCGUCAUCAUUGUCAUCAUCAUGAUCUUCUUCAACAUCAUCAUCUCAAGUACCAGCUAGGGAAGUAUGGGUUUGUGAAAACUUUGUGGGGUUUUUCCCACUUUAAUUUAUUCCUUUUGUUUUUAAUAUUAUUCUCUUAGGGCAGUAAAAAUGGUAAAAAUCGUUCCUUUUGUUCAGUUCUUUCUUUUUUAGCAAUUCGAAAUUUUCAGUUUUAGUCUGAUCAA